AUGCCUGCACAUCCACCACUGCAGCAGCAGCAGCAGCAGCAGCAGCAGCAGCAGGAACAGCAGCAGCAGCAGCAGCAGCAGCAGCAGCAGGAACAGCAGCAGCAGGAACAGAAGCAGGAACAGCAGCAGCAGAAACAGCAGCAGCAGCAGCAGCAGCAGGAACAGCAGCAGCAGAAACAGCAGCAGCAGCAGCAGCACGAGAAAGAAUAG